GCGUCUGUUUACAGAAAGUCGCGGCGGCGGCUGCGUGGACUUGCCAUCCUCGCGGAGUCAGAUCACCGCGUCCGCGAUAAGCCCGUCACAUGUGGCCACCAGCUCAUUGUGACGUUGACACUUUUUGUACGUGACCGACAGCCGACAGUGUCGCGACCGGGCUGGCUUCUAAGAACGCCUCGAUUCGGGAUUCCGCUGUCACAAGCAAUGGAGAGGCGUAAAAGGCGCAACAACCCGCCCGAGCGUUGUGCUUGAAGCUCCCCGGCUGGAGCGUCGCCCAAACACACGAGCCGCUUCCUGCGCCACGACGACAUGGACAGCCCGGCCGCCGAGAACCCCGGCAGGGCUGCGGAGUAUUUGCAAGAGCUCAACAAGAUCAUCGAGACCCAGCAGGAGCUACUGGAGAGGCAGCGGGCGCGGAUCGAGGAGCUUGAGCGGCAAGUGUGCGACUUGUGUACCGAGAACGGCUGCCUGAAGGAGCGCUACCAGCGGCACCUGGCGAGCUGCAGGCUGCUACAGGGCGCCGAGAGCCCGCAGUCGCUCGGGGCCAUCCAGGAGCAUAUCACACAUGACAAGUCUGAUGGUGACGCAUCCAGGAUGGUCAGGCGACACGCCUCCCUGCCUGUCCAAGUCACCGAGCCUCCUGGAAGCAUCGUGUCUGUGGGCAGCCGAGGAGUCGUCCCAUGUCGCAAGUGGAAGUCUGCUUCCUUUGGUGUGGAAGGGGACGGACGGUCCAAUGAGAGCGGCCCUUCCCUUGAUCCAGGAGCAGGAUAUGGGCCAGGUCCGGUGACUCACGGGUCGGCCAUCAGUCCUGAUCGUUUUGAGAGCUCCCUCUACAGCCACGGGGUUCAGCCUGGCCCUCAGAGACCCCGUCGGCCUAAGCUCCAGCACUCACAGUCCAUCCUUCGGAAGCAGGCGGAGGAGGAGGCCAUCAAGCGCUCUCGCUCGCUCUCGGAGAGCUAUGAGCUCUCCGCCGACCUUCAGGAUAAACAGGUGGAGAUGCUGGAGCGCAAAUAUGGCGGGCGAUUCAUAACGCGGCACGCGGCUCGCACGAUCCAAACCGCCUUCCGCCAGUAUCAGAUGAACAAGAAUUUUGAACGUCUCAGGAGCUCUAUGUCUGAAAAUCGCAUGUCCAGACGCAUCGUUCUCUCCAACAUGAGGAUGCAGUUGUCGUUUGAGGGUGCCGAGAAAGUGCACAGCUCCUACUUUGAAGGGAGGCAGGUGUCCAUGACAGAGGACGGCGCCCCGCUGUCCAUGUUGCAGUCAGAAUGUGGGGAUAUACAGGUCCACCAGCAGGCCAAUAUGGCGUCUCAUCCGCCCCCACAGGGUGAUCUGACAGAUGCCAUCACGGAACUAGAGGACGCCUUCUCCAGGCAGGUCAAAUCCCUGGCCGAGUCGAUAGACGACGCACUGAACUGCCGCAGCCUUCAGGGGGAUGAAGGUCCGGACCCUGAGGUGGAGAGGGAGGUUCCCUAUCAGGUGAAGUCCCACUGCAGGGCAGCUGGACACAUUCACGAUGACUCGAUGGCAUCGUAUAGCGAUGUUACUCUGUUCAUUGAUGAGGACGACAUGUCACCUCCCAUUGCUCUGUCGAGGGCGGGAGAGCAGGCCCCUGGCACAGAAUCAGACUUGCGCUUGCGGUCAGUUAACUCCUCCCAGGAUUACUGGCCUAUCGACCCUAAAGAUGAGGGUCGUGACACGGACACGAGCUGCCGCAGCACUCCUUCUCUGGAGUGCCAAGAGCAGCGUCUGCGAAUGGACCACCUUCCUCUGUUGACGAUAGAACCUCCUAGCGACAGCUCCGCCGAGUUAAGCGAUCGCUCCGAACGGGGCUCGGUCAAAAGGCCGCCUGUGUACGAGCCGCACGGCCACAUUGUAACCUCAUCCCAGGCAAGCCCCAAACACAUUUCCCAUGGACCUCCGCCACGAGCGCCGUCACGUGAUGACGAUGCGCCUCUCCGUCACCGCCACCGCCAGCUGGAGAGCCACCUAGCUAUCAACGGCUCAGCCAAUCGUCAGAGCAAGUCCGAGUCUGACUUUUCGGAUGGGGACAACGACAGCAUCAACAGCACAUCGAACUCCAAUGACACGAUCAACUGCAGCUCUGAGUCCUCGUCGAGGGACAGCCUACGAGAGCAGACGCUCAGCAAGCAGACCUACCACAAAGAGACCCGCAACAGCUGGGAUUCGCCCAUCUUCAGCAACGAUGUGAUUCGCAAGAGACAUUAUCGCAUCGGCUUGAAUCUCUUCAACAAGAAGCCAGAGAAGGGCAUCCAAUACUUGACCGAGAGGGGCUUCAUCCCUGACACACCAGUUGGUGUGGCUCAUUUCUUGCUGCAAAGGAAAGGCCUGAGCAGGCAGAUGAUCGGAGAGUUCCUCGGAAAUAGACAGAAACAGUUCAACAGGGAUGUCUUGGACUGUGUGGUAGAUGAAAUGGACUUCCAGAGCAUGGAGCUGGAUGAAGCCCUCAGGAAGUUUCAGAACCACAUCCGUGUCCAGGGAGAAGCCCAGAAGGUGGAACGACUCAUUGAAGCCUUCAGCCAGCGCUACUGUAUCUGCAACCCUACGGUGGUGCGGCAGUUUCGGAACCCGGAUACGAUUUUCAUCCUGGCCUUCGCCAUCAUCCUCCUCAACACAGACAUGUACAGCCCCAAUGUCAAACCUGAGAGGAAGAUGAAGCUGGAGGAUUUCAUCAAGAACCUAAGAGGCGUGGAUGAUGGAGAGGAUAUACCCAGGGAGACCCUGGUUGGAAUCUAUGAGAGGAUCCGAAAGCGGGAACUCAAGACCAAUGAAGACCACGUGUCACAGGUCCAAAAGGUUGAGAAGCUCAUUGUUGGGAAGAAACCAAUUGGAUCACUCCAUCAUGGCCUGGGAUGUGUUCUGUCACUGCCCCAUCGCCGUUUGGUGUGUUACUGCCGCCUCUUUGAAGUGCCAGAUCCAAACAAGCUCCAGAAGCUGGGCCUGCAUCAGCGGGAGAUCUUCCUGUUCAAUGACCUACUCGUGGUGACAAAGAUUUUUCAGAAGAAGAAGAACUCUGUGACGUACAGCUUCAGGCAGUCCUUCUCCCUUUAUGGCAUGCAAGUCAUGCUAUUUGAAAACCAAUAUUAUCCAAAUGGAAUCAGACUUACAUCAGCCAUCCCAGGUGCGGACAUCAAAGUCCUCAUCAACUUUAAUGCGCCCAACCCCCAGGACCGCAAAAAGUUCACAGACGACCUGCGAGAGUCCAUUGCUGAGGUUCAGGAAAUGGAGAAAUACAGAAUAGAAUCCGAGCUUGAGAAGCAAAAGGGGGUGGUGAGGCCAAGCAUGUCGCAGAGCUCCGGCUUGAAGAAAGAGACUGGGAAUGGCAGCAUGAAUCGUGCAAGUCUGGAUGACACCUAUGCCAUGGGCGAAGGUCUCAAGAGGAGCGCCCUCAGCAGCUCCCUGCGAGAUCUCUCCGAAGCAGGCAAGCGGGGGCGUCGCAGCAGUGCAGGAUCACUAGACAGCAAUAUGGAAGGGUCCAUCAUUAGCAGCCCGCACACACGCCGAAGAGCCACCACCCCGCGUGAGGGCACCUCACGCGAGCAUCCCCCCCUCCCCACCUCGGCAUCCACCUCCAUCCUGGGCUCGCUGUUUGGCAGCAAGAGAGGCAAACCGCCCUCCCAGAGCCACGGGCCUUACCCGCCGCCUGGUCACCCCACGCUCAUAUCCCACAAGCCCCACCCGACCAACCUGCACCACACGGCGCAGGCGGUGCACGGCGUGCCGCUGCCGCACCACGGCCACCACCCGCAGUACUGCCAAGUCCCUCAGAACCCGCCGCCUUACCACCACCACCACCACUACCACCCGCCGCCGCACACGCAGUACCACAAGCACCCCGCCUACUCCUCGCACGCUCAUCCGCAGCACGCCCAGCACAGCCACUACAGCCAGCAUCCGCAUCACAGCUCCCACUCGCAGCACGCUCCCCACCACCACAGUAGCCAGCAAGCAGGCGCGGCACCCGGCGGACCCAAAAGCAAACACAGUGGCAUCAGCACCGUCGUGUGAUGACACGGCGGCGAGGAGGGACUGUUUCUGACACCAAAGGGACUUGAUCGACGGCGCGGCUUGACGGCCUGUCCACUGUGUUUUUCUGCUGCUGCCAUGAAAACCUACCUGCAGGCACUGUUUCAUCUCCACGUCCAACUAAGAAGCAGGAUGGACAAUUGGACCACAACUAUCCCACCAGGGGCCUUUAUUAAUAGUUUGUUUGAUUCCGGGUUUGCCCCUUCCUGCCUCUCCCCCCUCGUGGUGGCGGGUGGGUCUGUGCAGGGAGAUGCCCUUUGUUGUUCACAACACACGCACACACAUCGCCGGGCUGCUCUGCCCCCCCCCCCCCCAUAUAAUCUGGAGGACCGACACCCUGGCACAUCAAUGAUGGGGCAUUGCCGUGCACAGCUUUUUCAGUUUGCAAACCCCACGGAUGCUCUUUGUCCUCGCCUCCGAUAGAGCUCACAUGUAAUCAAGCUAUAAUCAUUUGACUGACCGGAGGACAGGUAAGCAACGUCCGAGUCAUAUUAGUUCUAGUGCUGUAUUUACUGUAGAUGACAGCUGUAUGUGUUGUCUCCUAGCGCUCAUACAUAAAUGUGCCAAUUAUUAACACAUAAUCUAUUUAGUCAAGACUUCCUGUACAGUAUGUCGUGCGUGAUUUGGAAGAUUAUACUUACAAUCAUUAUUAUCAGCAAAAAGUCUCAGUAUUAUACUGACUCCGGGGGUAGCGAGCUUGUAGAUGCGGAAGCAGUGAAUCAGCCGAUCUUGGCCUUUCCAAAGGAGGCGAAGGAGCUUUGAGAUGGCAGCUGUCGCAAAGGCACAACAUUGACUCUUCUUGUCGACGGCCCCUUGGAAGUACAACUUUGUCAUUGCAACUCACAAAAUUCGAUUUUAGACGGAGGCGACUGUUGAAAGAACUGCUCACAACAGGUGCCGUCGCCACUCGUUAAAUCCAACUCGAAACCUUUAUAAGAAUUUUUUUUUCCUUUUCUGCUUCUACCUUUUUUUUUAACCUCACCGACAAGUUUUGGCGAGUGACUGAAAUCCGUUCUUACACAGUGAAGUCUUUUGUUUUUGUAUCAAAUGUGCAAUAUCUUUGUACUGAUUCGGAAUGAGCAAAGUGUCCCUAAGAUUUGUGCGGUUUGUUUGUUUGUUUGUUUGUUUGUUUGGUUGUUAUUUAUUUUUGUUUUUUUGGCCCCUCUCAGUCUAAAUUAAUGAUCGCUGCAAGGCUCAGAGCCCGGUGGAAUGUCUCGUGAUUUUUUUGCAUGUACUGUUAUUGAUGUGAGGUUGUCCUCUGCACAUUGUAUAACAAAUCAGUGUUACCAUAGCAAGUUUAAGUGCAAUCAUGUUCCCAAAUGCAGACUUGUACUGAGAGCGAAAGUCUUCUGUUAUCCAGAAUGAGAUUCAGGUGAUAGAUAAACCUUUUUUCCCCCCUCCAUUUAGGAAUAUAUUAAUACCUACAAGGGGACUAUAGAGAGAGAAGGAAUGUGUGUAUAUAUUUUGUUAAAGGAAUACGUCUUGGGCUGAGCAGAUAUAUUUUGCUGGACAAGCACAUAAAAUAACUUGUUUUGUUUCAAUAAAUGCAGUUAUACCGCAGAAAUGUAAAGUGAACAAAGAAACUUGGAGUAUGUAAAGAAUAACUUUGUACAUUCAACAAAUAAGAGUCUAUUCUGGUGUGCACAUUGGUGACAGUAGACAAUUUGUUCCAAUAUUCAGGUUUUACAUGUAUAUUAAGAGUCACAAAGAACUCCAUGGCCAUCGGUCAGGCUUCCCACCUUCCAGGUUCUCACAUAUCGGACGGGAGCGAUCAAACUGAAUGUCUCUUUCUAUUGCGUUCGAUGUUCUGCUAUGAUUCCGGCCCUCAAGUCCCCUUCGUGUUUGCUGUGUGUUGUCUACAGUCAUUUCUUUGUGAGAAGGAACCCCAAUAAUGCACUGCAUGGAUCUGAUGCAUCACAAGUCACUGUGAGCUGAAUGGUGGGCGGGGGAGGGGAAAUUCAGCCAA